UCCCUUCAAUCUUCCCAUCUCUCCAACGCAAGCACUAGUUAUAUUUCUCGCACUAAUUAUCUUUCUGAUCAACAGGCUAAUUGACAAAGAUGGGUGCAACAAGAAGAUGCAUGGUGAUUCUUGGCGUCCUGUUUGCUCUGUUUAUGUCGUCCACUUCUGCACAGUCAUGUUCGAAGUACAACUUUGCUAGCAAUAAAGUUUUCAGUGCCUGCAGCGAUCUUCCAUAUUUGAACUCCUAUCUUCAUUGGACGUACAGCCCAUCUUCCCAGAGUCUUGAGAUCGCGUUUAGGCGCUUGGGAACAUCAUCAUCAAGAUGGGUUUCUUGGGCUAUUAAUCCAACUUCUCAAGGGAUGGUGGGAUCACAAGCACUCGUGGCUUUCCAGAAAUCUGAUGGAACCAUGAGAGCCUACACUUCGCCUAUAAAAAGUUACCAGACGGGAUUACAAGAAGGAGAUUUGAGCUUCCCAGUUUCGGAUUUAUCUGCUACUUAUUCGAAUAAUGAGAUGAUCGUUUAUGCUACCUUGAAGCUGCAGAAUUCGAGCUCUACUCUGAACCAGGUGUGGCAAGAUGGUCCACUCUCAAACGACAGUCCUGGAAUGCAUCCCACCACUGGUCCUAAUGUCCAAUCCAUGGGCACUCUCAACCUACUUUCUGGAGAAUCUAAGACCACAGCAGGAGCCUCAAGUUCAAAACUCAAGGCUAAGAAUAUUCAUGGGGUGCUGAACGCAGUGAGUUGGGGAAUUCUGAUGCCUCUGGGGGCUAUAAUCGCAAGAUACGUUAAGGAAUUUCCUUUGGCGGACCCUGCUUGGUUUUACCUUCAUGUUACCUGCCAAUUAUCGGCCUUCAUCCUUGGCGUGGCUGGAUUUGGUACUGGGCUCCGCCUGGGGAGCCAGUCUUCAGGAGUCACGUACGCAGUCCAUAGGGGCCUUGGCAUUGCUCUCUUUACCCUGGCAUUGGUUCAGGUGAGUGCUUUGCUUAUAAGGCCGAAGAAGGAUCACAAGUGGAGAAGCUACUGGAAUUGCUACCAUUACUUGGUCGGAUACGGAAUUCUCGGCAUCAGCAUCGCCAACAUUUUCAAAGGAUUGGAUAUCCUGAGCCCGGAGAAGAAAUGGAAAAGAGCAUACAUUGGCAUCUUGGUGACCCUGGCAUCUCUUGCCCUUGUCUUGGAAGUAAUUGUUUGGUUCCUGAAGAGGAGCAAGAGAUCUGCAGGUGCUGACAAAUCGUCCCACGGCACCAAUGGGACAAAUGGACUAAAUGGCUAUGGAGGAAGGAAACCUGAGACGGUCUAGUUUACCAACUUGAGAUUUAUUCCUCCCUAUACAACUCUUUCAUUUAGUGUUUUCCUUUUCGGUCGUACCUAUUUAUGCACCGCAUGUAUACUUUCCAACUCGACGGCAGAGGUUUUAAGAUGAGUUUAUGAUUUAGUAGUAGUAGAAUUUUAGGACUCCACGCUAGUGCCGUGCCCAUAUGUAGGUACUAUUGGUUCUUGAAUGGCAUCUGCGGAUUUAUUA